CCGAACAUCGUGGGGUGUGUUCCAUUCUGUGACGCUUGCUCCGUAACGAAAAAUCUCGUGAGAAACGCGUCCGCCGUUCUUCGUUCUUCGUUGCAAAUUCAAAAUAUUUAUACUAAUAAUAUAUAUGCCCAAUUAUUUAUGGUUUUUAAACGUGAUCAAAAGCAGUCGAUAAUCGUAUACUAAAGAGGCGUGAAAAUAAAAUAAGUUUGUGUCUAAUUUAAAUACAAAUCGAAGUCAAGCAUCGGAAUCGAAAUGAGCCUUAAAUCAGUGGCCAUUGUUUGUGCUCUGCUGCUGGCACUGUGUCUGAGCCAUGUCCUGGGUGCCGUGACCACAGUGCGUCCUUACAAGUUUGGCUUCACCAUCGAUGAGCAGCAGCAUCGGGCGGAGCAGAGAGACGAACGAGGCAUUGUCAUGGGCGAGUUUGGGUUCAUCACCGCCGAUGGUAUUUACCAUGUGACGGUCUAUGCCACCGACGAAGAGGGCAAGUUUCGCAUCUUGUCAAUGAAGAGUUAUCCCUAUGCAGGACCCAUCGCGCCCAAGACCGUCGCUGUCACCACCAGCACCACAACCAGAGCCCCACCACCGCCGGCAGCUUUGCCCAAGUACAACUUUAACACGGAGGCCUGCUCGGGUUGCUUCCUGAAGAAGUCCCCAGCCGUGGGCAGUCCCAAAACUGAGAUUCGUACGCUCUCCAAGCCGCUGCCACCGCUGGCUGCCGCUGGACAGAAAGGUAAGCUAACGCCCAGUCGGCUGGAAGCGGCCCCACAGGAUUAUGGACUCAAUGUCCAGCUGCCCUUCCUGCAGUCCAUUGCCCAGACCAUAGAGGUGGCCACGCGACAGGGCCAAAGCCAGAGUCCAGCAGGAACACAGCAAAACACGAAUACGAAUAGCAACAUCAAUUCCUACACUAACACACACACCGACACCAGCACCAUCACCAGCACCCAGCACACAUAUGCACCCACCACAAACCCAAGGCCACUCAACAAGCGCAUAAAAGUUGGUCUCGACUUGGCCAUGACCACAUACACCACCUCCAAGGCCGCCGUCACGGGUCACGUGAUCAGUCAGAUGCAGAAUUCAAAAUCUCCGAGCAGUAACUCAAAAGUAGACUACGAUGUGGGCAUCAUCAAUACGGCUGAAAAGGUUUCUGCGUCAACCCCGGGCGCUUUUAGCUAUGCCACGCAGCCAGCGGCGACCUUUGACCCGUUGAACAUCAAACUGGAUGCGAAUGCUGUGAGGCAAGCCAGUAAAUUCGCUUCCAGCGGGAAGGCUCCCCUGGCCUUGGCAGAUCAGCCAAUUGUUCCGCGCGCCACAGUACCCGCAAAUCAGGUGAAAAUCUUUUCCGUGGGUCCAAUCAGCGAGCAGAGUUCCCCAUUCACUUCCGCUGUUAGCCACUCCACUGUGCCGCUGGCCAGUAACGUUGUGCAGCAGACGCAUCCUGCCACGUUCUCCAGCCCUGCUUCCGCGCAUCCUGCUGCUGGACAGAUAUACGGAUUGGGUGCACAACCCUCAACACAAUUCGCACAAUUCCCAGCACCGAUACAGAGCACACAACAACAAUUGCACACACCAACAACACUCACACAGAGCCCACACCAGAGAUAUCCCUUGAAUACACCAACGCAGACGGGACUUUCUGCAGCAGGCGGUCUUUCACCAACCGGAAAUGCAGCCCCAACUAAGAUCGGUGGAAACCCCGCUGUUGUAGGUGUCUCUGGUGGAAGCUUACCUCAAGGAAAUACAGGAAAUGGAGGCGUAGCUGGUGGCGCAUUAGGUGGAAGUUUCCCGCAGGGAAAUGCAGGAAAUGGAGGCGUAUCAGGUGCAACACAGAGUGGCGCAUCAGGUGGGGGCUUCCCUCAAGGAAAUGCAGGAAAUAGAGGCGUAUCAGGUGCACCACAGAGUGGCGCAUCACGUGGAAGCUUGCCGAGUGGAUUUGGAGGAGUAUCUGGUGGAGCUGUAUCGACUGCAAGUCGACCCGCUGGAUCAGCAGCUGGAGGUGCAAGCUUGCCAGCAGGAUCCUUGCCACAUGGUGGUUCUGCAGGUGGGAGUGGACUGACAGGAACCGUAUACCGUGGAAACGGACCAGCUGGAAGCGGGUCUGGUGUCAGUGCAUCGGAUGCAGCAUCGGGAGAUCUGUACAAGUUCAAGUACAUUCUGGACUACAACGGACACGAGGAAACGGGCAGUCGGAAUGGCGAUAAAGAGGGAAAUUACUUUGCCAUCGGCGAGGAUGCAGUGCGGCGGACCGUCGAGUACAUAGCGAACGAGUUUGGCUUCCAGCCGCAUAUCAGUUGGCAGAAACUGGAUGACAAGAGUGUGCUGCCCGAGGAGAACUCCCUGAAGCACUACGAGUUCAAGUGGUUCAAGGAAGCGCAGUGAACGCCUCCCAAAUCCGAGGGAUUCGGUCGUUUUCGAGUGUAGAUUCUUGUCCCGUCCCCCCUUGCUGUACAUAACAAUUUGCUAUUUUUUGAAUAAAGACAAAGAGAUUAACAAAUAAGAACGGAUACCG